CCCGCGCUCGCCCCGCCCCCCGCCGGGAGCCGAGCCCAGAGCGCCGAGCCCGGAGAGAGCGCAGCGCGGGCACUCGGCUCCCCGCCGACCGAGAGGACGCGCCCUGCCCGCGCUCGCCCCGCCUGGCCCUGGCUCGCAGCGGCCGCGAUGGAGCCCCUGUUCCCGGUCCCCACGCUGGCCGGCUGGAACGCCUCCGCGGCGGCCCCCGGCGCGGGCGGCCACAACGGGACGCUGGCGGGGCCGGCGGCCUCGCCGGGGGCCCGCGCCGUGGUGGUGCCCGUGCUGUACCUGCUGGUGUGCGUGGUGGGGCUGGGGGGUAACGCUCUGGUCAUCUACGUGGUGCUGCGCCACGCCAAGAUGAAGACGGUCACCAACAUCUACAUCCUCAACCUGGCCGUGGCUGACGUGCUGCUCAUGCUGGGGCUGCCCUUCCUGGCCACGCAGAACGCCGUCUCCUACUGGCCCUUCGGCCCCGUCCUGUGCCGCCUGGUCAUGACCUUGGACGGCAUCAACCAGUUCACCAGCGUCUUCUGCCUGACCGUCAUGAGCGUGGACCGCUACCUGGCCGUCGUCCACCCCAUCCGCUCCGCCCGCUGGCGCCGCCCCCGGGUGGCCAAGCUGGCGAGCGCGGGCGUCUGGACCUUCUCGCUGCUCAUGUCGCUGCCCCUGGUGGUCUUUGCGGACAUCCAGGAGGGCUGGGACACCUGCAACGUCAGCUGGCCGGAGCCCGUGGGCCUGUGGGGCGCCGCGUUCGUCAUCUACACUUCCGUGCUGGGCUUCUUCGGGCCGCUGUUGGUCAUCUGCCUGUGCUACCUGCUCAUCGUGGUCAAGGUGAAGGCGUCGGGCGUGCGCGUGGGCGCCACGCGGCGGCGCUCAGAGCGCAAGGCGACCCGCAUGGUGGUGGUGGUGGUCGUGGUGUUUGCGGGCUGCUGGCUGCCUUUCUUCAUCGUCAACAUCGUCAACCUGGCCUUCGUCCUGCCCGCGGAGCCCGCCUCCGCGGGCGCCUACUUCUUUGUCGUCGUCCUGUCCUACGCCAACAGCUGCGCCAACCCCGUGCUCUACGGCUUCCUCUCUGACAACUUCCGCCAGAGCUUCCGGAAGGUUCUGUGCCUCCGCAAGGGCUACGGCGCCGAGGAGGCGGAGGCCGCGGAGCCCCAGGCCGACAAGAGCGGCCGGCUUCGGGAGGCCACGAUGCCCACGCGCGGCUCCGAGGCCAACGGGCUCAUGCAGACCAGCCGGCUGUGAGCGCCGAGGGCCAGCGUGGCCCCGGGUGGCCCCUGCCCCCCCCCCCCGCCAGGCCUGCAUUUCCUGCUGGGCAGAGCCCCACCCCAAGAUUCGUGGGGGGGGGGGCCUGCUGAGUGCCCCACACUCCCUGUGGCCCGGACGCUCUGUGUGGUGCGGGGACCAGCUGUGUGGGGCGAGGCCAUGGGUGGCCCUGCAGGGACGAACUGUCACCACCCCCCCACCCCCAGCCCGUUCCUGCCAUAGAGGCUGGGCUCCCGGGACGCUAGGGAGCGGGUGGGAGAGGCCGGUGUCACUGGCAGUGCUCAGGGCGCCUCGACCUUAUCCUGCCCCCAGCUCGUGCCAGCCUGCCGGGCCGGGCAGUGACCACUGGCGUGAGCUGGUGACUGCUCUCCCUGCCUCUGCCCUGCGGUCCCAUGUACCUCUUCACACCAGCCCCGCAUCACCUGGUCAAGUGUCGGUCUGUGAAAACAAAGACGCCUGAGGGUGCUGGGCUCGGGCCCCUGCCCCCUGGCACUGCCCGGGGCCCGUGACCGUGCUGACUCUGGAGGUCGCAGAUGCAGAGGGAACGCGGCUGUGCGGGGCCUGCGGGGCGGGGAGGGUGGGCCGGGGCCCCACAGGGGACGGCUGGGACUACGGAGCUCUGUCGUCCUGGAGACCCCCAGUUGCCGGCUGCCCUCUCCCGCCAUGGCAUCUCCCUUCCUGGUUGGCCACAGUCAUGCUUUGGGGGGCAGUGAGGGGUGGGCUGGGGGCUGAGGCUUCCGUGGCGGGACCGGGAUGGGGGAGCAGCAAGCAAAGUGGCUGGAUUGGGGGUGGAGGGUCGGGCCCCCGGGUCCGGGGGACACAGGUGUCCAGAGGGGUCCUGUGCAAAGGGUCCCUAGGGCAUCGGUAGAGGCCAUCCUAGGGAGGGGGCAGGAACCCACAGUCAUCUCUUCUGCUUUUGGCAGGAGCUCUGGCCUGGAGAGGAUGGGGGACGAGAGCAGCAGAGGAGAAAUUUCCAGAUAGCAGUGGGGGGAGCAGCUCCCAGCACAAAUAGCAGCCACUUGGAAGGCAGCACUUGUGUGGGUGCGUGCAAAUGCCAGCAAAUGCCAGACCCCUGGGGAGCAUCCCCAGGCUAGAGUGGUCCUUCCACCCCCAGCAACGCCACCCCCUCCUGCCGCCGCCCCGAGCCGGCGGUGCGGUCCUGGAGAAGAUGCCAGCCCGAGACCUGCUGGGCCACCGUGUGCCUUGGGCCUCUCUCCGAGGCUGGAAGGAGGACCAGAAUGUGGGGGCUCACUUGGCCUGUGUGCCCCCCCCCCCACCUGGGCAGCCCUCCCUGGUGUCACCCCGGCUCACGCUCCCUGGGUCUGCACAGAGCAGGACCUCUGACCCGCAGGAGGGCAG